CUAAAAUGACAGGUGCUCUUUGCAGUAGUACAGCACAAUUGUGUGAACACACUCUCAGAAAUCAAUAGAUUGAAACCUCUCUAGUUGCAGAAAUGGCGGCAGCUUUAGCCUCCAGACUCACCAAAGGACGUUCAUUGCUUGGAGGUCUUACCAAUGCUUUCUCUGGUUUGAUGAGUUCAUCAUCAAGUGGAAGCAUCCUUUCUCAGCAGCAGCAAAGGACGUUCAUUCAAAUGGGAACGAAACUCAAAGUCGUGGAUAACUCGGGUGGAAAGGAGGUGAUGUGCAUUCAAUCUCUAAGGGGAAAGAAAGGAGCAAGACUCGGCGAUAUCGUCAUCGGAUCGGUGAAAGAGGCUGUACCAAAAAGUGAUGUAAAGAAAGGGAAAGAUGCCAUUCAAAAAGGCAAAGUGAAGAAAGGACAAGUCGUGUACGGUGUGGUUGUGCGUGCUGCGAUGCAGAAAGGGCGUGUUGAUGGAAGCCAAGUCAGGUUUGAUGACAAUGCCAUCGUUGUUUUGGGCAUUAAGGAAAAGACGAAAGUGGAUGAAAAUGGUAAGAAGAAAAAGCAAGAGUAUAAGGGUAGUUUUUACCAACCGCUUGGUACCCGAGUGUUUGGUCCUGUCCCGCACGAGAUGCGCGUCAAGAAACAGCUCAAGAUCCUUUCUUUGGCUCAGCAUCUUGUUUGAGACUCUGAGCUAUUAUUAUCUCUUUAUAUAAUGCGACUGUAAUCCAUCCAUCAGAUAGACUUCUGUUGUAUUAAUUAAACUACUUGACAUUUUUUAGUCCCCAGUUCUGAAGUCUUUGCGGCAAUUAGUUAUUUUUAGAAAAAAACAUUAUGAAAAUGGAGAGAAGACUUUCUAAGUGUUAAACCCCAUUGUUUAUUCUAUAAAUCAGUUUAAAUAGC